UGGGGAGCUUGUCUGGAGAGAGUGGGAGCGCACCGUUGCGCACAGCCGAGUUGUGGACAGCGACGUCUUUCAGCGUGCGCUAACGAUCCGGCGGCGAAUCAAGCAGAUCAGUUUUGUGUGUGUGUGUUUUUUUUGUUUUGGGGCGUUGUCGUACACACUCUUACGGCGGCGGUGUGUGUGUGCGCGCGCGCGUGUGUGUGUGUGUGAUACACAGACCUGUCAGCAGCCACUGGCACAGCGCGUGUGAUCCCUCUCAGUCACUGACUCGUCAAAAAAACUUCUGCGCUCACCCACUGUGAUCCUUCACCGCGAGGAGCGUCACGUUGUUGCCAGCCGCUGCUACAAGUCGACACACGGAGCUGUCACGGCGGACCGAGCCCAUCGUUGUCCACAGUGGUGCUGCUCGCUGCUAACUAGGCUGCCUCCAAGCCCACAGGUGAUUGGCCAGCUUCCGUGGGAUUUGAUGUCACCUUUAGAUUGGUUCAACUGAAGAUGGAAACACUGGAGUCUGAGCUGACCUGCCCGAUCUGCCUGGAGUUGUUUGAAGACCCCCUCCUCUUGCCCUGCGCUCACAGCCUGUGCUUUAACUGCGCCCACCGCAUCCUGGUGUCUCACUGUUCUACCAGCAAGCCCCUUGAAUCUAUCUCGGCCUUUCAGUGCCCCACCUGUCGUUACGUCAUCACGCUGAAUCACCGCGGCCUGGAGGGCCUUAAGCGCAAUGUGACGCUGCAGAACAUCAUUGACCGCUUUCAAAAGGCCUCCCUUAGCGGCCCCAACUCCCCCACCGAGAGCCGCCGCCUGCAGCAGCAGCGGCCCUACACCGCCACCAUUAGCGGCACGAUAGCUGGAACAAUUGGCGGCGGCGGCGGCGGCGGUGGCAGUGGAAGUAGCGCCCGCGGCAGCCCGGCCACUUCCAGCCACUCCCACUCGCACGCCAACCACACCAAUCACGCCAACCACACCAACGCAAACCACAGCCCGGCUGUCGUUGCCAAAAUGGAUCCUCGCAUCAGCUGCCAGUUCUGCGAGCAGGAUCCGCCGCGUGAGGCCGUCAAGACGUGUGUCACGUGCGAGGUGUCGUACUGCGACCGAUGCCUGCGCGCGACGCACCCCAACAAGAAGCCGUUCACCAGCCACCGCCUGGUGGAGCCGGUGCCUGACACGCACAUCCGCGGCCUGACCUGCCUGGAGCACGAGAACGAGAAGGUCAACAUGUACUGCCUGGUGGACGACCAGCUCAUUUGUGCCCUCUGCAAGCUGGUGGGGCGCCACCGAGAGCACCAGGUGUCCUCGCUCACCGAACGCUUUGAUAAACUCAAGGCUUAUCAGGUGAGCCCGGGCAGAGUGUCAGAUGCAGUAAUGGAGGCUUCAAAGACAAGCGCUGCGCAAACUCUGGAGAACAACCUGACCAACCUGGUGAAGAGGAACAGCGAGCUGGAGAACCAGAUGGCCAAGCUGAUCCAGAUCUGUCAGCAGGUUGAGGUGAACACAGCCAUGCAUGAAGCCAAACUGGUGGAGGAGUGUGAUGAGCUGGUGGAGAUCAUCCGCCAGAGAAAACAGGUCAUCGCUGUGAAGAUCAAAGAGUCCAAGGUGAUGAAGCUGCGCAAGUUGGCUCAGCAGAUUGCAAACUGUCGCCAGUGUUUGGAGCGCUCCAGCGCCCUCAUCACACAAGCCGAGCAGAGCCUGAAGGAGAACGACCACGCUCGCUUCCUCCAGACCGCCCGAAAUGUAGCAGAAAGGGUUGCCAUGGCGACGGCCUCUUCCCAGGUACUCAUCCCUGACGUCAAUCUCAAUGAGGCGUUCGACAACUUUGCCCUGGACUUUUCCCGAGAGAAGAAGAUCCUGGAAGGACUAGAUUACCUAACAGCUCCAAACCCGCCAUCCAUAAGAGACGAGCUGUGCACCGCCUCCCAUGACACCAUCACUGUCCACUGGACGUCAGAGGACGAGUUCAGUGUCACCUCCUACGAGCUGCAGUACACCAUCUACACUGGCCAGACGAAUUUCAUCAGUUUGUACAACUCGGCAGACAGCUGGAUGAUCGUACCGAACAUCAAGCAGAACCACUACACGGUGCACGGCUUGCAGAGUGGCACCCGUUAUAUCUUCUUUGUCAAGGCUAUCAACCAGGCAGGAAGCCGCAACAGCGAGCCGGCCCGCCUCAAAACCAACAGUCAACCCUUCAAGUUGGACCCGAAGACGGCCCACAAGAAGCUGCGUCUGUCCAACGACUGUCUGACCAUGGAGAAGGACGAGAGCUCGCUGAAGAAGAGCCACACCCCGGAGCGCUUCAGCGGGACGGGCUCCUACGGCGCGGCCGGCAAUGUCUUCAUUGACAGCGGGUGCCACUACUGGGAGGUUCUGCUGGGAGCAUCCACAUGGUAUGCCAUCGGCGUGGCUUACAAAUCAGCCCCAAAAAACGAAUGGAGCGGCAAGAACUCGUCCUCAUGGGUGUUCUCACGCUGCAACAACAACUUCAUGGUGCGCCACGACGGCAAGGAGAUGCUGGUGGAGGCGAGCCUGCAGCUGAGGCGGCUGGGUGUCCUGCUGGACUACGACAACAACUCAUUGUCCUUCCACGACGCCAUGAACUCCCAGCACAUUCACACCUUCGAGAUCUCCUUCCUCCUGCCCGUUGUACCCACUUUCAUGAUCUGGAACAAGUCGGUCAUGAUCCUCUCAGGGCUGCCCGUCCCCGACUUUGUCGAUGGUGUGGCCACAGAUCUUCAAGAGCAGCAACAGCAGCAGAUGGGCCUGUGCCGACAAGAGUCACCAUACUUGACGGGGAUGAAGACCUGCCACUGAGAAAGGCCCAGGAAAGCGGCCGUGCAGAGUCCACUCAGGCCCGGGGACUGAGAGGUUGAUUGGGGGACUGAAAGACGUUGACAGUGUGACUGAGUUCUGCUCCUCUGCAUUAAGAGCGGACCAGUUCCUUUCUUAUCGAUUCAGAAAGUGUUGGAAAUAUGCACACCAGUCUGGAAAUAUGUCAGUCCUGUUAGUUUGUAGCUACCCCAAUGCUUUGCAAAUCCAUCAGUGAAUGGAAACGAGGUCAGUUGACUGCAAACAUUAGUAGACCUGAAAUUCAUCCGAUGCCCUGGAGCCACUGAGGACAGGGCUGGACGUCUGGUUUUCUCUUGACCAUCUAAGAUCUUCCUUUUUGAUUUAUUUUCAUCCUGAUUUGACCCGGAGAGGCAGGAGAGCAAGUGAUGUGCUCAUCAGCCAUUUUUGAAGUUACAACAUGUGAACAGAAAGAUUGCAUAAUGUCUCACCUGACGUUGAUUUAAAGGAAAAACACAGCAAAAGGAAACAGAAAGAAGAAUCCACUGAAUAUAGACACUUAAACUUGAAUUUCAACAUCCAGGUGUCUCUUUUAGGAUAAAUUUGAUGAAAUCUAAAUAAAAUUUUAGACAUCUUAGAUUCAAUUAGCAGAAGUAGUUGGGGAAGUAACAUUUAAGGCAUUGGCUCUUUUGGACAGAGAUAGAUGAGCAGAUGGUACCACUCUCAUAUCUGUACACUAAGUAUAAAGCAAGAGACAUCAGCCUUGUUAGCUUGGCGUAACCUAGUGUUACGACCGGAAGGUCUCCAACCUGAAAGUGUCGAUACUUUUCUCUUUUUUUAUGGAUUAAAAACAAACAAGAUGUAACUUGUAAAUUUGUGAACCUUAGAGGUUGCUUCCCCUUGUUCCCAGUGGGCUGUUUCUUCUAAGCUAAGCUAACCGCUUUCAGAUACAGCAUGAGAGUAGCAUUGAUGAUUACAUGUAACACUGGCAAGAAAACAUGCUUACGUCCCAAAGCAUUUAUCCCUUUUCGAUGUGGAUGUGUUUCCUUCGAGUCCACUUUACCAUCUGGGCUGUGCGCUAACGCAGAUCCAUGCUAGCUGCUGUCUUUUCCGUGUUGCAUUUCAACGGAGAGCAUUACAGAUCUUCUGCCGUCACUGUUCAUGUGUUGUACCCGUCAAGUCGCUGUAAGUGGCUGUUGGUUAAGUCUUUGGCGCCGCGGCCAUGUUUAUAUCGCCGUGUCGCAGCUUCCGAGUUUUCAGGAAGCGUUAGCGUCGCUCCCGGAUACUCAAGAGAUCGCGGGGGGGGGGCAGAUUUACAUCGCGUGACUACUCAACUUGUAUAAUAAGAGGUUUAUUGAAUAUUAGAGGGGAAAAAAUGUGUUAUUUAUGAGAAAAGAUGACGGUUUACUUUUAUUAUUAAUCUCAACAUAUUCAUGAUGCACUUUUUUGAUUAACACUAUUUCCCCUUUAUGAGUAUGGAAGUGGAAGUGGAAGUGCGAGGUGGCAGGGGUGUUACUGGGGAGGGAAAGUGACCACUGGCACUACGGCUGGUUGUGUUCACGCUUAUUUUCCUACACGUCAAUAAUUAAUGAUGGAUACUUCAUAUUAACCAUAAUUCAUAAAGUGUAUUGCAAUAAACCAGUUACUUUAGCAGCAUCUCCGGUCACUUUGCAAUAAAACAGACGCCCCUGAUGUAAGCUGAACGCAACCAGUGACUUUCCCUCCCCAAUGGCUCUUUUUUCGAAAGCAUAUAUUAACUUUAUCUUGUUCAGAAAAGGGACAUGAUUAUGAUUUGAUGUUCAUGGGAUUUUUAUCAUGAUGAAUUAACAACAAACUAAUAGCUGUUUUAAAAAAAAAAAAGAAAAAAGUUCACCCUGUUGUCGACUAUUCAGGGAAGGAGGGGGGUCAACACUUUAACUUGCUGUCUGUCGCAAUGUCAUGGCAUGAUUGUGUUUUCUCUGUGAUUCGUUAAUUCACAAGCACACACACAAACACACACACACACCACAUCAUGUUUCAUUUAGGUUGGCCUUCGUCGUGAUAAAAUGCAUGAAACAUUGUAGGAUCCCACACCCGUUCGCCGGAUUUUGGUAGCUCACCAAAUCUUGUUUUUCCAUCAGAAACUGAGUCAGCUGUCCGUUUGCUGACAUCAGACGUGACCUUGGACUCUUUUUAAAUUUCCUUUUUGUCGCCCGUCGCUAUUCAAAUAACAGCUGUCGCCGGAUCCAUUGUUUGCUUUGGAUUCGGUUUUGAAGGUCUCGUGUGGAGGACAGUUUCUCUCUGGAUUGAUAUUCAGGUAGCGGCUCUGAUUCAGACAGACAAUCACAUACAGUAUGUAUCAUAGUUUAUGCAGAUUCGAGAGGAUGCGUGGCAGGAAACAGCAGGUGGAGAUUGUGACAAAGUGACGCUUGAGGUCAUGCUGAAAAAAAAAAAGCGGACGUUUUGCGUGCCAUCUCAUUUUUAAGAUAUGACGUGACACCUCGUGGCCAUUUUCACUCUUUUUACACAUCACCAGGUAUGUACUCAGUGUUGAAUGUCUUGUAACAUUUGCAAUCACAGGCCAUGAUUUGCUUGGACACGCUGAUUUGUAUCAUUUGCACAAAAAACGUGGUUGGUUUUGACGAUUUAAAGCGAAGCCCCGGUUGUUUAAAACACUCAGCUAUGGAAAGAAAAUGACAAAUCUGACAUUUCAUGCCCCUCGAGUGCACCUUUCAACCUGCAGUGUUCUUUCAGGGGCGACUGUGUGGUGCGUCACGAUCGUUUGAUGGAGCUAUUGAUCGCUACAGCCAACGUACAAGAUAAUCGGCCGGUCAAAGGUAACGCAGGAGGGAGCCCCCCCUCACCUACCGUAUGAGGAGAGGGUUAUUUUCUUUCUGUCAGGGAGAUUAGUGAAUGUUACCUGACUUCCAGAUAUCCACCCGUCUUUUUGAAAUAAUGUCGGUCACAGGCUCGAAACGGCCGUGUGUUGAUUUGUGAUCCAGACUGACAGGCUCAACUCAUCUGUGCAAGUGUGCUUGGCUGGGUCACUGCAUGAUUACGUGACCUUGCUGCAGGUUCAUAACUCUUAUCUUCACGAUGGGGUUUCUUAUCUCGUGUCAAACAUAUUCUCUCUCUUUUUUUUUUCUUUUUUUUUCUGAAAAAAAAAAAAAAAGAAAUAAUAAAAUAAACCAUGACAAGAA